CAGUUUCGGUGCUUUGAGAUGAGUGAGUUAGGGGAAUCCCCUUGACGUCAUGCUAUUAGUAUAGACUUCGUGGCUAUACGAGGAAGCAUUCCGGAAAAUUCUAGGUGACUCAGGGUCACACGUAGAGAAGAUCUAUAGGUACCUGGCGGCGAUUUUACCGAGUUUGACAAGAGUUUUUGCUCGUCAUUCUUCAAAUUUGAGAUUUGCAGUCAAGACACAGCCUUCAGCCUGCGAUGACGUCAUCACUAGGUGAUUUCCAGAUUCGGACGCCAUCUUGGUUGGUCUGAUCGAAAGUUGGGUGGUGAAAAAACGUUCAAAAUUUGCAGUUUACAGGGUUCGCCGACAAACCAUGGAUAACCGGGCCGGUGGGCAGAAGUUCAUUCUUCUCAAGGACCACACAGUGAAGACUAAAUCCAGCCGCUUGAGCUCCCUAGCGCUGCAUCACCACAGGGACCAACACACGCAGUCCUUACCGGGGUCGCUUUUCGAGGCUAUAGAGGACCCAGAUACAGCCAGAAACGGCAAGAAAAUAACGUUACGCUCUCUGGAGAACCAUAACUUGAUUCUAGAGUGUCCCACGAAGGAUGUUGCGGCUAUUACAGGGCAGGAGGCGGACUUACUAAUCGCCAUACCGACGUGUAAAGACAGGUUUGUGUUGUAUGAGGACAAGGAACGUUUGGAGGAGGGGCUUCAGAUUAACGUGAACUCAGUGGUAGAAGUUUCCAUCCAAGGAGUGCCCACAGAUGUGCCAGGGAUUGUCAGAUACAGGGGAAACGUGCCUGGAUUCUCCGGGAUCACGUUUGGAGUCGAACUGUUGGACUCCAAAGGAAAAGGCACGAGUGAUGGCACAUUUAGAAGAAAACGGUUCUUUACUUGCCCAGAAGACUGCGGUGUUUUUGUAGCUCUAAACAAACUGCGUCUACGUCGAGAUGACCACCUACGAGACCUUCCCAACAGCGCGUCUAAGAAAACGAACAUCUCAAAAGCCGUUCCCCUAUCGGAGAAGGAACUGUCAGAGCUGCCGCUGAAAGUUGGCAUGAGAGUUUUUAUAUUUACAGAAGUAAACGGGAAGGAGAGUCAGGAAGGGGGUGUGGUGAAGUAUGUAGGAAAACUGUUGAAGCACGGAGGGGACAUCUAUGUCGGGAUUGAACUGGAUAACCCAGUAGGAAAUGGCUCUGGUGUGUACGAGGGAGAGAGACUGUUCCAUGCCAGGAAGGACCACGCAGCACUGGUGCCUCUGGGAGGGGCCAUACCUGCCGAGUGUAUGGGCGGAGAUGAAGUGUUAGAAGAUAGAAACAAGAAACUCCACAGAAACGGGAGCUACAAUGGAACAGAUGGGCAUUACAACAGUGGAAGACAAGGUGCUGCAGGUGGGAGUGACUCCAUCCCCUCCGGAUCCUUGGGGAGAAACUUUCUCCAGGAGCAGGCAGAACUCCUUAACAGGUACUCCAAGUCAGCUGAGCGGUCUGUGCAACACGAGGCGUCAGACAGCAUACGGAGAAAGGGUGCGCCGGGGAGGCUCAGUCCGAGCCCACGGACACGCGAAAACAACUUCCACCAACCAGGGAUCAGACAUCCUCCCAUAGGAGGAUCAGAGCUCCUUGCGACCGACGGUUGUGAGUCGGGGAUCCAGGGCAUGGUUUCCCGUGGCAACACAAGCGACGCCAUUGUGCCCCCGAUGGACGGGUUCUACCCACGAGACUCCCCCAACAGGAGCCCCAGCAAGAAAUAUGAACCUUUGAUACCAGGCGCAGCGGGCGGGAUUGCGACGCCCCCGGACACCCUGGAGAGACGAGCAGGGACAGUUGACCCCACCCUGGAGGUGGGAGACAUGGUGGAGGUACUCGGCACCCCGCCCCGCUACGGAGUCAUCAAGUUUGUUGGCACCCUGCCUGACAUCAAGAACGACAGACUGGUCGCAGGGAUAGAACUGGAUGAGGAGUUAGAAGCCUGUACAGACGGUACGUUUAAGGAGAAGAGAUACUUCACCUGCCCUGCCAAGCGGGGGCUGUUUGUGUUUCUGGAUAAAUGUGCCCGUGACCAGCGGUUUGAGGUACCCAGACCUGACGAGCCCCCUCCCUCUCCAUCUGUAGCUUUUGGCAACUACAACUACCGGUCCAUAGAAGACGACACCCUUCCACCAGAGUCGCUGACCCUUGACCUGGUGGGGAGGGCAAAGGGCAUCCAGGGUCACCACAACUCGUGUUACCUGGAUGCAACACUGUACAGCAUGUUCGCGUUCUCGAGCGUUUUUGACGUGUUGUUGCACCGACCGACCAGCCCGGAGGACCUGCCACAGUACGGGGAGGUGCAGAGACUGCUGAGGGAGAACAUCGUCAACCCGCUCAGAGUUGAAGGGUUUGUGCGAGCGGACCAGACCCUGAAGCUACGAACUCUACUGGACCAGCUGGGAUCCAUCCCUGGGCUCCUGUCUGAGGAGAAGGAUCCAGAAGAGUUUCUUACGACUAUGCUCAAAGAUGUCUUCAAAGCAGACCCAUUCCUCAAGAUUAGAUCUGGCACCAACAAGCAGGAGGAGUGUUACUUCUACCAGUUGUUUGUAGAGAAGGAUGAGAAGGUGUUGGUUCCCACAGUACAGCAGCUACUGGAGCAGUCAUGUCUGGCCACAGACAUCAAAAUCACUGAGAUGCCGAGCUGCUUGCUAGUCCAGAUGCCGCGGUUUGGCCGAGACUUCAAAAUCUACGACAGAAUCAUCCCCAGUCUGACUCUGGACAUCACUGAUCUACUGGAGAAUGUUCCCCGAGAAUGCACCAUGUGUGGCAGUUGUGGGGAGGUGGAGUGUAAGGACUGCUACAUGGAGAAGGUGUUCUUCCAGAACAACACCAGCCACAUCGUCACCUACUGUAACAUCUGUAACCUGCAGAGCCAUAAGAAGCGUCGAGGGCACAAGCCGACGCCCAUCGGUGUCCCCGAGUCCUUCAGAAGGAGACACGACCAGAACGGUUUCCCCGUGCCGCGCAUGACAAUGGACCUGUUCGCUGUGGUCUGCAUACAGACCAGCCACUACGUCGCGUUCGUGAAGUGCGGGAACGAAGCGGACGCCCCGUGGGUCUUCUUUGACAGCAUGGCAGACAGAAUAGGUGAACAGAAUGGUUACAACGUUCCGGAGGUGAGUGAGAUCCAUGACUUGAAGCAGUGGUUGGAGGAUGAGGAGGCGGUCACCAAGCAGACGGACCGAGAACUGCCGGAGCACGUGCGGAGACUGCUCUGUGACUCCUACAUCUGCAUGUAUCAGAACAGGGAAGUCUCCAUGUACAAGUGAUGCUUACAUUGUGCAAAGAUUUCUAGGUGUAACUCAUUUAACAUGAACUUUUUAACCUGGAAUCCAGACUCCUGCCAAGGCCCACACUACUGCUAAUUUCUGUCAAAUUUGCUGGUAAUUUCUGUCAAAUUUGGUGAUGUUUAUGGUAUUUGUUUAGUACCAUGCUGUAGUCUGUGUAAUCAGUGUAAUCAGCAUCUGAUGGAAAGCUGCAGGGAUGGGCCUACAUGUACCUGCACAGACUCAGGCCCGAGGGAGGCCAGCGAAGCAGCAAGGAAAUGGCUGGAGAGAUGCAGCGACAAGGCGAUGAUCGAUUGAAAGCUCAUCUGUGUUGGUAGAAUCAAUAGUUAUAGAGUUCGAACUUGUUCCGACACAAGGAAGAAACUCACCAUAAAUUUUCGGCUGAUCCCGUCAACCUUCAUCAGAUGUGUUGGAACAAGUUCGAACUCUAUAACUAAGCCAUGAUGAUGAGUGUAUUCAGUGUAAGGUGGGUUAGAAGCUUUCAGUUGCCAAACCAAACCAAACCAACCCAGCCUGUAGCCC